UUAAAUUGAUGGUAAUUUAGUCAAAGCACAUGAUAAAUCUCCCAACAACAAGAAGAAGAUCAAAACAAAACAAAACAAACAACACUUCUCCACUCUCCUCUCAUCCUCCUCUAUCUCUCUCUGCUACUCGCGAACUCCGCCGGCUUUCGCCGACGGAAAACCCAAAGCUAUCAUCAGAUUCCGGCCACACCCACAUGAACAAAUCCCACCAAUAAUUAUGACCCAAACCCAUUCCAAGCUUUCAAAAGAAGAGCAAAACAUCGGUGGUGGUGGAGGUGGAGGUGGUGCUGGAGGAAGAGUAACGACAGAUAUGAGAAUCAUAGUACCAUUACAAGGUGUUGUACAAGGUAGAGGAGGUUUAGUCUUAGGUUCAAUUAUCCCUUGUGCUCUUUUCUACUUCUUACAGCUUUAUCUCAAAAGAAACCGUUCUUCAUCAUCAUCAUCUCAACCUGAUGAUAACAAUAAUUCUUCACCGCCUAAUCCGUUAUCACCGUCACCGUCCUCGGGACAACUGUCUGAAGUUGGUAGUGGAUUGAAUCGUUCAUUAUCUCGGACACAUUUGAUGUCUCCUAGAAGUGGUGGUUCUGUUCAUAUAUCUUCUAGGGCUAAUUCAAUUGUGAAAUCUAAUGAUUCUGCUUAUUAUAUUGGACUGAGUAAAUCUAAAGAAGAUCCUUAUGAUGAGGUUGUCAAUCCUAAUGGGUUUAUUCAACUUGGAUUAGCUGAAAAUAAGUUGUCAUUGGAUUUGGUUAGAGAUUGGCUUACUGAGAAUGCCAAGGAGUUGGUAAUGGGUGGAAAUGAGGAAUUGAGUAUAAGUGGGAUUGCUACAUAUCAGCCUUUUGGUGGACACAUCAAUGUGCUGUGAUUGGAGUUGGAGGGGGCAUAGGUGAAUGUCGUAUUUUUGUAGGAUCUAAUGUUAGUUGGUUUGUGUGAUAUUGUUACUGAAUAUGAAGCCAAAAACGAAUGCUUGGUUUUGUUCAUUGAUGAGUUUAAAUAAAGUUUAGAAGUUAGAACA